AUGUCACUCUCUCAGAGCCAGUGGCUAUUUCGUCCUCUCACCAAAUCACUUUUCUCCAUUUCCAUAACCUAUGCAUCAAUCUCUCCCCAAAGGUUUUGCUGCCAUUCAUUACCACAUUCCACCAAAGAUGCUGUGAAGCAUGUUUUUGAAGAUAGUAACUUUGAUGAACCUAAAGUUAAAAUAUUGAAGCAGAAAAUGGAACCACUUGGUAUUACCUUAGAUAACUCUUGUUUCCCUGGCAAGUACCAUAACCUUUUUUGUCCAAAGUGUAAUGGUGGACAGUUAAUGGAGAGGAGUUUAUCUUUUCAUAUUAUCUCUGAUUGUGAAUUUGCAAUGUGGAGGUGUUUUAGACCUGCAUGUGGUUGGGCUGGUCAGGUUUUUGCAGAUGACAAGGAAUUGAACAAUAAGCCUUUUGGACAAAUGGAUGAGAAGGGCUUGGGAUUGGAACCACUUGGUGCUAAGCUUGUUGCUUACUUUAAGGAGAGACUGAUAUCAGAGAAAACCUUAAGCAGAAAUGCUGUAAGGCAAUUGUCGGACGAUAAGAACGUUAUUGCUUUUACCUAUAAACAAAAUGGGUUGCUUGUUGGUUGUAAGUACAGAACAAUGGAGAAAAAGUUUUGGCAGAGAAAAGGCACUAAGAAAGUACUUUAUGGACUUGACGACAUUGCUCACGCAACUGAAAUCAUCAUUGUUGAGGGGGAAAUUGAUAAGCUUUCACUUGAAGAGGCUGGCUAUCUAAAUUGUGUUAGUGUUCCCAUCGGUGCACCUGGAAAGGUUUCUUCAAAAGCUUUGCCACCAAUAGAAAAGGAUAUUGCAUAUCAAUACCUGUGGAACUGCAAAGUGUACUUGGAUAAGGCGGUUCGCAUUAUUCUGGCAACUGAUAAUGAUCCACCUGGUCAAGCUUUAGCAGAAGAGCUGACACGGCGCCUCGGACGAGAAAGGUGUUGGCAAGUACGAUGGCCAAAGAAAGACGAAUCCGCCUUCUUCAAAGAUGCAAAUGAGGUUCUCAAAUACUUGGGAGCGGAUGCUUUGAAGAGAAUAGUUGAAAAUGCAGAGCCAUAUAAUAGUACACACUAG